CCUCCUUUCCCCUUCCACAUACACACACACACACACACACAACCCCUUAUAAAAUAUACAUAUAAAUUGUAACAAAAAAUGAAUGAAGAAUAAGUUUUUUUUCUUCUUCUUCUUCUUCUUUCCUUCUUACUUCUUUUCCUCAAGUAAAAUGUCAAAAGAUUCAGUUAUUCAACUUCCUACUUCUAUACAUGAUAACAGUUAUUAUUCAACGAAUGGUCUUUUCUUUUAUUCAUUUGAUAAUGAACGCCAAAAUAUGAAAAAACGUCAUGGAAGGAGUGAUGAUGAUAUUGAAGAUAUUAAUGAUAACGCUAAAUUGAUUCGUAAGCUAUCUAAACUUAGUCAUGAUGAAAAAGGUUCCUCAUCUUCUUUACAUGAAAUAUUACACGCUACUACCAAUGAGGAUACAACUAGGACUAUUAAGAAUGUAGCUUCUUCAAUGUCUAAUGAGUUAGUUUUAAAGGAACCUAUCUUUGAAUUGGAAAAACCUAAUUGGACUAUAUAUAAAACAGCUUGGGGCUUUUUACAGUCCUUAAAUCCUAAUUAUAAGUCUAUGUAUUUGGAAAAGAGAGAUUAUUCUCAAGGUCGACCUGGUUAUUUAUUUGGUAGAAAACCUGACAGUGAUAUCAAAUUUGAUCAUAUUGUUAUUAGUAAAAGACAUUGUCUUAUCUACAUGGAAACUGGUGAAAAAAGGGGAACCAAGGGCAUUCGAAUAUAUCUUGAAGACUUAAGCUUCAAUGGUACUUUUGUUAAUGGUAAAAUCGUUGGUUUUAAAAACCGUGUUUUGCUAAGAGAUAAUGACGAGAUUCAAUUAUAUAAAUGCAAUAAUGAUUCAAUAGACGAUGAUCUUCGAUACAAAUUUUUCCGUAUUUUAUUACCGUCGAAAUAUGAAGCUAAUAUGUGUGAGGAUGAAUAUAAAAUGGAUAAAUUGUUAGGCUGUGGACAUUUUGCUAGCGUAUAUCGUGCUGUACAUAAAAAGACGAAUCAUGUUGUUGCCGUCAAGGUUUUUGAUAAAAGAAAGCUUACAAGUCAACUUAGUUUGACAAGUACCUUUAUUCAAGAAGUUGGAAUCAUGAUGGCUAUUAAGAAGCAUCCAUUUGUUGUAAGAAUUAAUAAAGUGUUUAAUCAAGCUGAAGUGAUUUACUUAGUCCUGGAAUAUGUCAUUGGUGGAGAGUUGUUUCAUUAUAUAAGAGCUAAAGGUCGCCUUGAAGAAGAUGAGACACGCUUUAUUUUCUGGCAACUAUUAGUGGCUACAAAAUAUCUCCAUGACAAUGAUAUUGCUCAUCGUGAUUUGAAACCAGAAAACAUUCUUAUGGUUGACCAAAGGACAUUACACAUAAAAAUUACUGAUUUUGGUUUAGCUAAUAUUGAACAUAGAGAUCAAUAUUUUGAUAGUCAAUGUGGAACACCCAAUUAUGUUGCCCCUGAGAUACUUGUGUCCUCAAAACAUCGCGCCUAUGAUAAACAAUGUGAUUUAUGGAGUCUUGGUAUUAUUCUUUAUGUAUGCUUAAGUGGAUAUCCCCCAUUUACAGAAAAGAGCAAAAUUCUUCGCGGAGAUUUUAAUUUUGAUUCUUCACGAUGGAUCUCUGUUCAGUAUAGUGCCAAAAACCUUAUCAAGAAGCAUUUAAAUAUAUGUCCAAAGUCAAGGAUUACAGUAUCAGGCGCCUUAGAGCACCAUUGGAUGAGGACCAAUCCUCGCGUAAUGUCUGCAAUGCGUCAUCGUCUAGGGGAAGACGUUUUAAAUAAUUUAAAAGAAAUGACUGUUACUGAGGAGACCCCUUUGACUCAAACCAUUUAAGGCGUCUAUAUCUACAUUUAUA